AUGCCACUAGCAAAUAUAGUUGUUUUUCUCUUAUUAUAUUCGCUAGUCACGCUAGCUCAAAAGCAGGAGAUCGCAGGGUUACCAGCAAUAUCCCAUUCUUUAAAUUUUACAUCCCAUCGAGCCAAGCGUUGGGGUUAUGGCACCUACGGGUACGGUGGUCCCGGAUACGGUCUCGGUUUCUUUCCUAGUGAUCGUGGUCGCUACGGCAAUAUGUACGGCACUGGCAUCGGAACAAAAAUUCUACAUCCCAUCGAGCCAAGCGUUGGGGUUAUGGCACUUACGGGUACGGUGGUCCCGGAUACGGUCUCGGUUUCUUCCCUAGUGAUCGUGGUCGCUACGGCAAUAUGUACGGCACUGGCAUCGGAACAAGUGUCAACCUUCGACUUGGUGGAUAUAGCAAUGGGUUUUUGCUCAGUCAGACCCAAGGUUGCCAAAUGA